AAUCAAGGUCGCGCGAUUUCAGCUAGUCACGAUGCGGGUCGAUUCGGACGACGAUUUCGAUCCUGUCGAUGACUACGACAUGCUCGACUCCGCCGACGAGCUGGGCGACGAAAACGACGACACACCUGCCUCAACUCCUCCCGCAUCCACCACCACACCGCAGUCCAAAGAGAAGACGCUGAGAUGUCCAUGGGAAGGAUGCGACAAGGCCUUCGAUCGCCAGGCUAGACUCAAAGAACAUCUGCGAUCUCAUUCCAAUGAGCGUCCUUUCACAUGUCCAUAUUCUCCUUGUACCAAAGCCUUCCUCCGUGACAGCCAUCUGAAACACCACAUCAAGAGCGCCCAUGAGGAUGUCCGUGACCACAAGUGUACCUGGGAAGGAUGCGAUGCUAGCUUUGCGACUGGUACAAGAUUGCGACGACACAUCGAGACUCAUGAAGCAAAAGAGAAGUUCAGGUGUCGUGGCUAUGAGGGCUGUUCUCAGACUUUCCGCAAGCAGGACACUCUUGACAGACACAUUCUAGCCGUUCACCAAGGUGUUAAGCCAUUUCCAUGCCAUGAGUUGGACUCAGUCACUGGUUUGCCAUGUACCAAAGCCUACGACACUGCCGAAAAGUUGCGAACCCACCAACGAGCAAAGCAUGAUCCUACGAGAUUCUCAUGUGACGAAUGCAUGGCUCAGAAUGUUGAGACUCUUGCCAAUUCACCAGACACCGAUCCUGACACCUUGCCUCCGGCGUCAUUUGCAACUUACGGAGAGUUUCAAGCUCACCUCACCAUUGUUCAUCCGCCAACUUGUGCUCUCUGUCCAACAUCUUUCACCACCAACAAAGAGUUGACCCGACAUCUUGAAAUUCAGCAUGGUAUCUUGCCUGACAAGAAAGACAAGCCGGCGCAGGUCUUCCCGUGUACUUAUGACGGUUGCGACAAGAUGUUCACCAAAAAAGGUAACCUCAACGUCCACACGAAGACGGUGCAUGAGAACAAGCGGGACUUUGUCUGCGGCGAGACCGAGAUUACCCUACCUGAAGAACUGGCCGGCAAGGACGAUGUUGUUGUUCAUGGUUGCAACCGCAGUUUCACCAGCAAAGCCAGCUUAGAAGAGCAUGUCCGGUCUGCACAUCUAGGGUUGGAGUCAAAGAGAGUUAUUCGCAACAAGAAGCGCAAGGCCGAGCGACAAGCUGAUGAUGCCGACAACACUGAAGGGCAAGUGCUUAAGAAGCGGAAGCCUCGUUCAGACAAAGGUGUCAAGAAGACUUCCGUCAUUGCUGAUCUCACUGGCUACGCACCCUCAGAGAGUAUGGCAAUUCCUGGCGGCGAGCCGUUCUACCGAGAUGCCGAUCUUGGGAAUGAAAUGGACACUGAGGCAGACGAUAAACUUCUCACUGGAUCAAUGGUCAUGUGCGGAGAUCAGAUCUACCACUACGGAAGCUCUUACCAUUACCCUUCUGGUGAAUACCCGACGAUUGGUGGAAGGGCUGCUGCAACUAUGGCUUUGAACGACGACAAGGCUAACAUUGAAUCUUAUGACACCGACAUCCCUUUUGGCCAGUACUUGCCUGACGGUGCUAUGGACUACGAGGUUGACGACAAUUUCUUCGGAACAUUCGAACAAGACAGACAGCCUGCCUUCAGCUAUCCGGCACCAUCCCCAUACUGAUUGGCGGUCGACAUUACGAUUACAGGAUGAUUGUAUUUUUUCUUUUUCCCAUUCGAGCAGACGACACGAUACCCCGAUACAGCGUUGUGUGUUUCUUCAUAUCUUCUUCCGGUCAUCCGGCGAAGACGAGCGAGAUUGAUGUGAUCUCGAUGGUGUUUAUGAUUAAUAUGGAAUGACGAGAACCUUUCAAGGCAGAGCGAGGCGUUACCAGGACGGGAAAAUCAGCAAUCCAUUGCAUGGCGCAUGGGGAUUCGACCAAAAAGUUGUGGUUUCGGUCACAGACUGCCACAGACAUGCAAUGGCACAGCAGACGGAGUUUUCUACUUGGGACACCAAAAGGUCAAUGGAAAAGUGAACUGCUCUAGCAUAGAAUGAGCCAGAUCUGAGGCAGAUGACCU